AUGAAGUUGCGUUCCCUUUCUUUUGAUAAAGCUCGUCAGGCUCUUGAUAAAGCUGCUCACGCUGCUCUUGAUAAACUGCUGCUACAGCUGCUCUUGAUAAAGCCUGCUACAGCUCUCUUGAAAGCUGCUGCUACAUUCUCCUUAACAACCUCAUUGCCAAACAGUUCUCCAAGAUCUCCAAUUUUUAACUCAACAUAUCCACCACUGCCUCUGGUUGACAGUUGCAAAAACCAACAAUCAGAAAUACACUGGUACUGGCAUCACCGAGAUGAUCGCUUCCUUUACAUGUUGUUUGAGUAUGUCUGUGGUGGGGAACUCUUUGCUUACCUUAGAAAUGCUGGCAAAUUUCCUAUGACAACAGCAUCGUUCUACGCCUCAGAAAUUGUGAGUGCCUUAGAGUACCUUCACUCCCUCUCUGUUGUCUACAGAGACCUCAAGCCAGAAAACUUGUUGCUAGACAAAGAUGGACAUCUCAAAAUCACAGAUUUUGGCUUUGCUAAGAAGCUUACUGACAGGACAUGGACCUUGUGUGGCACACCAGAGUACUUGGCACCAGAGAUCAUCCAGAGCAAAGGUCACAACAAAGCUGUUGAUUGGUGGGCACUAGGUAUCCUCAUAUACGAAAUGCUUGCUGGAUAUCCACCAUUUUUUGAUGAUAACCCUUUUGGUAUAUACGAAAAAAUCUUGGGUGGCCGUGUAGAGUGGCCAAGACACUUGGAUACUUCAGCCAAAGAUCUUGUCAAGAAACUUCUUACUCAGGACCGGACAAAACGCCUUGGUAAUAUGAAGGUAAUGUAACACCACCUGUUGUUGCCUCCAUGU